AAUACACCCUUUUCGGUGCGAUGUUAGUCGGUAGAAGGUUGGCUCUACGAAAUUUAUCGUGUAAAAAUUUCACCGAUGUCAAUCUUUUCAACGACAGGCUCUAUCGGUAAGAACUCCACUAGAGAGGACGAACAAGCAUUCGCAGAUAUAAGAUAGCCAUAAAGUACUCUCAUGUCUCUCGUUCUUUACCUCGUGCAGCACGGUUUGGCCGAGUCGGAGGAUGUGAAUCCUGAGCGUCCGCUGAGCAAAGAAGGUACCGAGGAAACCGCCCUGCUCGCGGAAUUUUUCGCGACAAAGGAAAUAAUCAUCGGUAAUGAAAAUCAAAAUCUCACCCCGACCACCGCGACCUCACCUAGUACCGCCCCUCUCCAAUUCUGGCACAGCGGGAAACUGCGAGCGCGACAGACCGCAGAGAUUUUGGCAGAAAAGACCGCGGAGCGGAAGCUGGAAGCAGUUGUAGCGGAGAAGGACGGGUUGAACCCAAAGGAUUCUGCGGAUGCCUUUUUCGAGAACAAUCUCCUGCCCCUCCUUGCCGGCGAAACAGAGCAGUCCUCUUCGGUUGUGAUCUGCGGCCACCUCCCGUUCCUGCAGGAGCUCGCGGCCACCAUGGUUAGUCAUGGAGGAACCACAGGGAGUAAUGUUGGUGAACAAGCGUCGAGCGCACAAGUUCCGAAAUUCUCGAACAGCUGCCUUUUUCGGUUUGAUGGUAGCAAGGGGGAAGAUAAAUUCAAACUUGCUUUUGCGGAGAAUGUGUCGGAAAUGCGGGCGGAGUUGGUCGGAUGAUUUAU